AGAGGCAGAGAACAACCUGGCCCGGGUGCCCGCACUCCUGAGCUGCUGCUGUCGCCCCCGCCGCGGCUGCUGCCGCCUCUGCAUCCAGUGCACGCGCGGCCGCUGCCGGGCCUCUGUACACGCGUGCUCCAAGGUUCUCACAGGAGGGAAAGCCAUCUGAAAGACAAUGACCCCUCUCAUCUUCCUUUUCGUGGGUGUGCUUCAUCUUUUACCUUCAUGCUCAGGGAGGGCUGUGUGUAAAGAUGUUGGGCACUUGAAGACAUUUGGAGAAAUAAAGGAAGAAAUAGAAGGCUACCAAGAUGUUGCUAAGGCCAUUGUAGAUCUUGCUGUGUGUGGCAAAGCCCAGAACAGAUCCUAUGAGAGACUGGCACUUUUGGUUGACACCGUUGGACCUAGACUGAGUGGCUCCCAAAACCUAGAAAAAGCCAUCAAAAUUAUGUACCAGAACCUGAUAGAUGAUGGGUUGGAGAAUGUCCAUAUGGAACCUGUCAAAGUGCCCCACUGGGAAAGGGGGCAGGAGUCCGCUGUGAUGCUAGAACCCAGAAACCAUUCAGUGGCCAUUUUAGGCCUUGGGAGCAGUGUUGGGACCCCCCCAGAAGGAAUUACAGCUGAAGUCCUGGUGGUUUCCUCUUUUGAUGAGCUGUAUAGAAGGGCCUCUGAAGCGAGAGGGAAGAUUGUCGUUUAUAACCAACCCUACAAAGGUUAUGGAGAAAGUGUGCUAUACAGAGUUCAAGGGGCAGUAGAAGCCGCAAAAGUGGGUGCAGUGGCCUCCCUCAUCAGAUCUGUUGCUUCUUUCUCUAUCUAUAGUCCUCACACAGGAAUUCAGUACUACCAGGAUGGUGUGCCUCAGAUCCCAACGGCCUGCAUUACUGUGGAGGAUGCAGAGAUGAUGGCAAGGAUGGCUUCUCGGGGGACCAAAAUUGUCAUCCAGCUAAAGAUGGAAGCAAAGAACUACCCAGAUACAGAAUCCUUCAAUACUGUGGCUGAGAUCACUGGGAGCAAGUAUCCAGAACAGGUUGUCCUGGUCAGUGGACAUCUGGACAGCUGGGAUGUUGGUCAGGGAGCCCUUGAUGAUGGCAGUGGAGCAUUUGUGUCAUGGGAAGCCCUCUCUCUUAUUAAAGAUCUAGGGCUGAGGCCAAAAAGGACCCUGCGCUUGGUACUGUGGACUGCUGAGGAGCAAGGUGGCAUUGGUUCACUCCAGUAUUACCAGCUGCACAAGGUCAACAUCUCUAACGUCAGCUUGGUAAUGGAGUCUGACUUGGGCAAUUUCAUGCCCACAGGUCUAGCAUUCACUGGAAGUGAUAAAGCCCGGGCUAUUAUAAAAGAGGUUAUGAACCUGCUACAACCCAUAAAUAUCACCCAAGUUUUUGAGGAUGGAGAAGGAACUGACAUUAACUACUGGAUCCAAGCUGGAGUACCUGGUGCCAGUCUACUAGAUGACCUAAAGCGGUAUUUCUCUUUUCAUCAUUCCCAAGGAGAUACCAUGACAGCUCUGGAUCCCACGCAAAUGAAUUACUCAGCCGCCGUUUGGGCUGUUGUCUCCUAUGUCAUUGCUGACCUAGAUGAGAUGUUGCCCAGGUAAUCAGAAGAACGAGGAAGAAGGCACAUUCUUUCCAGAAUCCAGUAUUCCACAGCAGCAAGAGCUCUCUUCUCUGUCCAAUAGGUUGAUUUGGUUUUUGUUGCUUGACUUCAAAGCACACUUUUACCUUCUGGCACAAUGUUUCUCAACUCUUUUCUAAUUCUCCCAUUUUAGUAGCAAGACUAAAAUCUUUAUUGCCAGUGUUUUAUUGUUGUUCAAGUAUAGCAUUUUCUUACACUUAUAAGGAAAAUUGUUUCCUUGAUGAAAGUAAAUACUUGAAUAAAUCUGUUCCUUUUGCAAGAAUAA